AUGUCUUUCUUCAAGUCGAUCCAGGAAUCGCUUCCCAAAGUCGAUCUCGACAACAUCACCAAAUCUUUCCAAAACGGCGGCAAGGCCGUGCUGGAGUACUCUGAGCUGUUGAAGGAGUCGAUCCAGCCGUUCACUCAAAAGACCCAAAGUCUUAUCUCGACGCAAUUGCACCAGGUGCAGCAAUUGGCUCAAACUCACAUUGGCUCCAACAUUGAGGUCAGCGAGUUGCCCAGCGACUACUUGGAUUUGGAGAAAAACUGUGAUGUCUUGUUGAAGCUUUACACUGACUUGAUCCAGUUCACCAACGAUACUUAUGGCGUGGUCAGUUACGACUAUCCUCCAGGAAACACGGCUAUUUCGAAGAUACGUGAUGCCAAUGUCGGUGGGUUACUUUCGAACAAGUUCAAUCAAUUGAAGAACGUGUCGACUCCUCAGGAAAUGGAGAAAGUGCUCUUGGGCCAGAGCGAGGAUAAGCAGCAGCAGUCUCAGGAAGGAGACGACACAGUGGAGAUCCAGACGGUUUCUGCGCAGUUGCCAAAGACGCUUUACGGCCAAUUGGCUGCCAUUGCCAACAAGUAUAGUGAAGAGUUCAAGGAGUCUUCCAACACCUUGUCGUUUGCCCUCUUGAAGAUUUCAUCUCUGUACACUGAGAUCGGCACCUCUCGUUUGGAGCAGGAUAGAAAGGUGAUGGCACAAUUGAACCAUGCGUUGGUGGCCAUUUUGAACGAGCAGUUCAUCAAGGUCAAUGAGUUGAGAAAGCGUGUUUACUCGGCAAGACUGGAGUUUGACUUGGCCAGGUCAAAGAAAACGAACGAACAGGACGAGGAGGAUGAAGAGUUGAUUGCCAAGGAGGACGAGCUCGUGAGUGCUACUGAAGUUGCUGUUUUGGAGAUGAGAAAGCUCUUAAAGCCAUCCAAGAACGUCGACCUCUUGAAGAUUUUCGUCAAAGUCCAAAAAGACCACUUGGAGACCAGCGCCAAGAAGUUGGCCUCUCUUUUGUCUGAGUUGGACAAGAUUGAGUUCAAGGAUGAGGACGACGAGUAG